AUUUAAAAUCUAUGCAUAAUAUAAAUUAUUCCAGUCUGUAUGGCUCUUAGAGGGAAUUCUUCAUUAAGCUGUUAGAAACACUGAACCCUCCUUUGUCUCUCUUGACUAAACCUACACAGUGCAGUGAAUGCAAGUUCGUGUUUAUACAGCAAUGUGCUUUCUGAAUUCUGGAGAAACCAAAGAAGCUCUCAGAUGGUCUCCUGCUGGCAACUGGAGUAAUGCAAGUGAACUUUGACAGGCCGGUGUUAUCUGGUCAUGUUAGGUCUGGUCCUUCCCUGUGUCACCUUGUGAAGUCACUUAGAACUGAGGAAGAUACCUCCCUAUCUGCUCAUUGUGUGAUACAAGAAUGCUUACCUGAGUGACUUGAGUUGGCAAGGAGAUAAACAUAAUUUACUUAAGGAGAUAGGGUUGAUAUGAGAAUGAAGAUCUAAGUAAGAACUGGAGAGAAUGAGUCUCUGCAGAGUUUUGUUUGACCUCUUUACUCUCUUCUCAUUCUGAUGUGGAAGGUGAAGUGCUUGCUUACUCAUAACCAAAAGACAUGUUGAGAGUUAUGAACACUAACUGUUCUUGUCUGCGAGGUACAGGUUCUGUGAUCUUGUGUGUGAGAGCUGGGGCAGCUUAUGGUAUGCUACACAGUUGCUUCAUCCUCUCCUUUCACCUCAGGUAUUUUUAUGAGGUGAGCAGAAGUGUUUUUAUGAGGACUCUUCAUUGCUUUUCCUGUGGAAGAUGGCACCUAGCUACUGAAGAAAUGGUGGCAGUGAGAAAAGAGGACUUUUCCUCUCUUUUCAGUUAAGGAAUAAACAGCAGAAGAGGGGCUCCCAAGGCAAACAAAAAGAGGUUCCUUUGCAGAAGAACAAAUAGGUUCCAAAAUUGGAAUAACUUUCAGCAUUUUCCCACAAGAGUUCACAUUAUAUUCUUAUAUCCAUACCACUGUUUUUUCUGUGUGUGCCUCAAAAACUAAGUGUUGAAAAGCAUUGUAAAAGAACACAACAGAAUUUGUUUUUUCUCAGUUAUUAACUGUAGGGAGAAGGUCAGUAUUAGCAGUUUGACAUGGAGUGGCCUGUGUGCCAGGCUGUCCCUGCUCACCUGGUGAGCAGCUGGUGCUGCCCAGGAAUUUCCUGCUGUCUCAAGGUCUCUGUCCAUCCUGCUUGUUUCUCUGCCUUCCCUGGGAAGGCCAGCAUCUUGAGCACGCUCCGAAGGGCACUGAUACUGUACAGAGAGCAAGCCCAUCCACACAGUAAGAGAGCAUUUCUUUGGUUGCCUAACACUUUGUGGUGGCUGCAGUGGAAAAAGGAAAUCUCCAGGGGAUGCAAAGGCAGUCUGGGUUCAAGGAGGGGGUUCCUUCCAGAAGCUGUGUCUGGCACUGCCCCUGCUGCUCUGCAAAGCUCAGCCACCAGCACUGCCCCACCCGCUCUGGUCUCUUGGAGGGUGCUCUGGCCCUUCCUAGGGCCUCCUCCACUUACUUGGUCAUGAAUUCUCUGGGAGAGUUGCAAGAGGGAUACUUGCAAUUAUAACCUGUUGAAAUAAUGAAAUCUCAAAUACAUAUUAGAUGUACAAAAUAAAUAAUAUUAUUAGUAAUAAAGAGGAAAAUGCAAAACUCUUUAUCUCUGAGCCAAAAACAGAACCAGUUUCCAAAAGGCUGGAAUAUCACUGUCAUUUCAAAGCCAGCCAAGAGCUUCAUUCAAGCUGUUUCCAUUCCCUGUCAACACUUUCUGGCUUCUGCUUAACUUAACAUGCAGCAGUGUUUGGUUUUCUUGCAUACUCAGAUAUUUCAUACCCAGGUAGAUCACCCAGUCCUAAAGCGCUGUAGGGCUGCAAAAUUGGGAGGUUCUAGUUGCCAUUACCAUGUCAAACCUUCCUUCCUUCCCUUGGUAGAAUUGCUAUGGCAAUCAGAUAGAACUGCUUGAAGCUGAUAUAAAUUGAGCUGUGACAUUCAGUUGCAAGUACUGAUUAAUAGUUCCCUUUGGACUAGGAUUUUUUUAACUUCUUUAAAGAGAAGUCGGUCUGUUGACCUGUUGCUCCAGUUUGUUAGGGACUAGUAUUACUUCAGUGAAUUCAGUAGCAUCACACCUGUGCAAGCAACUUCAGGCCUGAAACCUGCAUAGUUAAAUACAAAUCUUGUGUGUUAGGAGAACUUCCAUAAAGUGGAAAGAGUAGGGAGCAUUGUUGGUAGUUUUCCUAGCAGUCAAAAUUCUGAUUUUAUUACAGUCAGCUGGAGCUUGGACAUCGACUUCUCCAAGGGAGCAGUGGUUUGCCACAAGUAGGAAGGAUGAGCUCCUGUGCUGACAUCUGCGGGUCCAAGCACGCGCAGGGCAGCACCGAGGGAGGGUACCAGCGCUACGGAGUUCGGUCCUACCUGCAUCAGUUUUAUGAGGACUGCACAGCUUCUAUUUGGGAGUAUGAGGAUGAUUUUCAGAUCCAGAGAUCGCCUAGCAGGUGGAGCUCUGCAUUCUGGAAGGUCGGACUCAUCUCUGGGACGGCUUUUAUGCUGCUAGGUUUAACGGUUCUUGUAGUGGGCUUUCUCGUGCCACCAAAAAUUGAAGCUCUUGGGAGAGAUGAUUUUGUUGUGGUGGAUACCCAUGCCAUUCAGUUUAAUGGGUCUCUUGAUGUAUGCAAGCUGGCAGGAGCAAUCUUGUUUUGCAUUGGAGGGUCCACCGUGGCAGCGUGUCUGCUGAUGUCUGCUUUUGCUAAAAGUUACUCCAAAGAAGAAAAGUACCUUCAGCAAAGAUUUAAAGAGAGAAUAGCUGAUAUCAAAGCCCAUGCAAACCCAGUCACAAAAGCGCCAGCACCAGGAGAAUCCAAAAUACCUGUCACUUUGUCCAAAGUUCAAAAUGUCCAACCUUUAUCCGAAACCUGACCCUUUCCUUAGGUUUUGUUUCUCACUUGUAGAUCACUUUAACUGGAAAAUACCAGCUGUUGUUGGCAUACGUGCUAGUCAAUUACAACAUCGAGUGCUCUGCUGUACAAACACAGCUGAUGGGGAAGCUGCUCCAAUGCAAAUGUAGGAUUGGUAAAAGGGAAAUUAUGUGAUUAGACCCAUGACCAAUAUAUUUAGCAUAUUUGAACAUUUUGAUCAGUGCUGAACCAAUAAAUCCUUGCAACAAUGAUUAGGCAUUUAGCUUACCAGAUUGCAUCCCUGGAAAACAUGGGAAGAUGUGAUGAAUAUGAUACGACAUAAAAUAUGACAGCUGUACCAGGAACACCCUGCAUCCUGCUAUUUAAAGUUCAGAUCAGUUGGCUUUUUGUUUUAUUUUCCUCUUUCUGUUAAAAAUACUGUUUAGUCUUACCACCUGGUUCUGCUGUCUGGGAAGCCAAGAUCCUGCCCUUGCAAUUUGCGCUUGUCCUCCUGUCACAUGGUACAGUCUUUAUCAUAGUAAUACUGCACAGGUAAAACAUACGUGACAGUGAAUGCCCUUAAUUUGAUCUUGACACACAUCGCUUCCCAACAGUGUUACCUUCUGGGAAAGGCAAGUUAUACUUGAUCCUGAGUUACAACUAACCUGUGCAAAACUGCCACUUUUGUCUUAGUCAUUGCCAUAUUAAUAAAAAAUAAAGAUAAGGAAUUCAUAUAAGAAGAGGAACAUCAUCCUUGUGUAUCUUUGGUUUGAUAGUUUCUUUCAUUGAUUGUAUUGUAUCAUGUUUAAAGUUCAUAAAAAUGUUUCAGUUUUGGCCAGGUACAGAUUACUAAAUGUGGUUUGACACACCCCGGCCCCGUAUUCUGUCAGUAAAUUAAUGCCAUGUUAGAUGACCUUAAACUUGUCUAAAGACAUUUUGAAAUGCUGUUUAUAUUUUUAUAGAGGAUAGAAAAAGUUAUGCUUAACCAGAUACAUUUGUGUAAAUGCUUACCUGAAGACUUGUCCUUUCACAGAAGACCUUUAAUUAUUUUCCCACCCAGGGCAAUUAUUUAACUGUCUUGAUCUAUGGAUUUAAAUUGAACUGUAUAAAGAAAGAUGUGACAUUUGUACUCUCUGACAGUAUGUGCCACCUUAUAGUUCUGUCUAUUUUUUGAAUGGAUUGAAUAAAAUUCUAGGCGCAAGCCAACCAUGGA